CAAACGCACUCCCCUUCCAGCACUGGAUACACACUAUACAUCCAUAUGCACUGUUCUCCCAUUAGACAAGUCCUCUUAGUCAGCUCCCAUUCACACACACACACACACACACACACACACACAUUUAGAUUUCAAGACGGGAUGCACUGAUUGUCAUCAUUGUGCAUCAAGCAGUGGUGCUGGCCUUCUCCUGGACCAAGAGCAAACAGCAAGUUUCAUCCAGCCAUCAUACAGAUGGCGAGAAGAGAGAGAAUGAUGUGUGAUGGAAGACAGGAGAGUUAGGGAGUGUUACAGAGGAAGACAGAGAGUCAGAGCCCAUAUUACCAUCUAGAUAAGGUUAGAGAGUCAUCAGCAACACUGGAGCAGCAUGUCUCAAAUGAAGAGGUACACUUAUAGCAGGACCACUAGUAGCGGCAGCAGCAGGAUGAGUUCAGAUGGAGGAGGACGGCCAGUGAAGGUGGGUUCAGUAGUGGAGGUCAUUGGCAAGGGCUAUCGUGGCACCGUGGCCUACAUUGGCAAUACUCUCUUUGCCUCUGGGAAAUGGGUAGGAGUCAUUCUGGAAGAGGCCAGAGGCAAGAACGAUGGCACAGUGCAAGGCAAGCGCUACUUCACCUGCCUUGAGAACCACGGCAUAUUUGUGCGGCAGUCACAGAUCCAGUUGGUGGAGGAUGGGGCAGACACAACAUCGCCUGAUACUCCUGAAGCUGCCACAUCUAAAGUGCCUAAGCGAGAGAUUCUGGAGGCUCCCAAGUCUAAUAAAGUACGAGGAGCCAAACCUAAAAAGACGCCAGCUCCUCGUAAGACUACGGCCAGGAGGCCAAAGGCACGUACGGGUGUUGGAGUGAAGGUGGGAUCUGGCUCUGCUUCAGCAGGAGAGAUGAGCAGCAGUGAACAAAGUACACCUGCUCAGACCCCACUGGCUGCUCCUGUUAUCCCCUCUCCUGUUGGGACACUCCCCUCCCCUGGAGCUCCAUCCAUCUCUGCCCCCAGUAAGGAGGAGGAGGCUCUACGGGCACAGGUGAAAGAUCUGGAAGAGAAGCUGGAGACUCUGCGGAUGAAGCGGGCAGAGGAUAAGGCUAAGCUUAAAGAGCUGGAGAAGCACAAGAUUCAGCUGGAGCAGUUACAGGAGUGGAAGACCAAGAUGCAGGAGCAGCAAAAUGAGCUACAGAAACAACUCAAAGAGGCCAAAAAGGAAGCAAAAGAGGCUUUAGAAGCAAAGGAGCAUUAUAUGGAGGAGAUGGCAGACACUGCAGAUGCUAUAGAGAUGGCAACUUUAGAUAAAGAGAUGGCUGAGGAGAGGGCAGAGUCUCUGCAGCUGGAGGUGGACGCACUUAAAGAAAAGAUGGAGGAACUGACCAUGGACCUGGAGAUCCUCAAACAUGAGAUAGAGGAGAAAGGCUCUGAUGGUGCAGCAUCUAGUUUUCAUGUGAAACAACUGGAGGAACAAAAUGCCCGUUUGAAGGAGGCCUUGGUCAGAUUGCGCGACCUGUCAGCCUCUGAGAAACAGGAGCACUUGAAGUUGCAGAAACAGAUGGAGAAGAAGAACUUUGAGCUGGAGGCAAUGAGGAUGCAGAAAGAGAAAUUACAGGAAGAAAUGAAGAUGGCAGAGAAGACCAUAGAUGAGCUCAAAGAGCAGGUGGAUGCAGCUCUUGGAGCAGAAGAGAUGGUGGAGACUCUAACUGAGCGAAAUCUGGACCUGGAAGAGAAAGUGCGAGAGCUCAGAGAGGCUGUUACUGACCUGGAGGCCAUUAAUGAGAUGAAUGACGAGCUGCAGGAGAACGCUAGAGAGACGGAGCUGGAGCUGAGGGAGCAGCUGGAUCUGAGCGCAGCCAGUGUGCGAGAGGCAGACAAACGUGUGGAAGCGGCACAAGAGACCGUGGCAGAUUACCAACACACCAUCCAGAAAUACAGGGAACUGACCGCACACCUGCAGGAAGUGAACAGAGAGCUGAUGAGCCAACAAGAGGCCACUGCUGAGACGCAGCAGCAAUCUGCAGAGAUCUUCGACUUUAAGAUCAAGUUUGCAGAAACCAAAGCAUAUGCGAAGGCCAUUGAGAUGGAGUUGCGUAAGAUGGAAGUGACUCAGGCGAACAGACAGGUGGCUCUUCUCACUUCAUUCAUGCCCGACUCCUUCCUGAGACAUGGAGGGGACCAUGACUGCAUCCUAGUCCUGCUGCUUAUACCCAGGCUCAUCUGCAAGGCAGAGCUGAUCAGUAAGCAGGCACAGGAGAAGUUUGAUCUUACUGAGAACUGCUCUCAGAGGCCUGGGAUGAGAGGGGCUGUGGGCGAGCAGCUCAGCUUUGCUGCUGGACUUGUUUAUUCUCUGAGUCUGCUUCAGGCAACACUGCACAAAUAUGAAUAUGCCCUUAAUCAGUGUGAUGUGGAGGUAUAUAAACAUGUGGGCUCCCUUUACUCGGAGAUGUGCGUGCACGAGCGUUCUUUGGACUUCCUCAUUGAUUUGCUGCACAAGGAUCAACUGGAUGAAACUGUGAAUGUGGAGCCACUUACUAAGGCUAUUAAAUAUUAUCAGCACCUUUAUAGCAUUCAUCUAGCCGACCAGGCAGAGAACUGCACCAUGCAGCUGGCUGACCAUAUAAAAUUUACCCAGAGUGCUCUGGACUGUAUGAUGGUGGAGGUAGGUCGGCUGUGCUCCUUCCUGCAGGCUGGAGGAGAAGAAGAAACACCGUUUUUUGUGCUGCUUAAAGAUCUGGACACUUCUUGUAGCGACAUUCGCCAGUUCUGCAAAAAGAUUCGACGUCGCAUGCCAGGCACUGAUGCUCCAGGCAUCCCUGCUGCCCUCAGCUUUGGCUCUCAGGUGAGUGAGACGCUGGCAGAAAGCAGAAGGCAGCUGGCUUGGGUGAAUGCUGUGCUGCAGGAGGUGGCUGCAGCAGGAGCUCAACUCAUUGCUCCACUUGGAGAACAUGAGGGUCUUCCAGUGCUUAAACUGGAGGACAUGGCCUUCAAAGCAGCUGAACAGAUCUACGGCUCCCAGGGUAUAAACCUCUAUGAGUGUCUGCGGCAGUCCUGUAGCGUCGUCAUCGCAACCAUGAACAAGAUGGCCACUGCUAUGCAGGAGGGAGAAUACGACUCGGAGAAGCCACAGACUGGGAUGGCACCAGUAGAAGUGCGAGCGGCUGCACUGAGGGCCGAGAUCACAGACGCUGAAGGACUCGGCCAAAGAUUGGAAGACAGAGAGACUGCCAUCAAAGAGCUCAAGAAAUCCCUCAAAAUAAAGGGUGAAGAGCUGUGUGAGGCCAACGUGCGGCUGAGUCUUCUAGAGAAGAAGCUGGACAGCGCUUCAAAGGACGCAGACGAACGUGUGGAAAAAAUCCAGACCAUUCUGGAUGAGACCCAGGCACUCCUGAAGAAAAAGGAGAAGGAAUUUGAAGAAACCAUGGAUGCUCUGCAAGCUGACAUAGACCAACUUGAGGCAGAGAAGACGGAGCUGAGACAGCGGAUAAACAGCCAAUCAAAGAUGACCAUCGAGGGACUCAGAGGAAGUCCCGCCUCUGGCAUUGCAUCCAUUGUGACUGGUGGCAUUACAACUGGUGCUGUAGGCGUGUGUGCUGCAGGAGGUGUGCAGGUGAUAGAUUCUCCACUGCUGUCCCAACAGAUUGAAGCUCAGAGACUCAGCAUAAAGCACCUGAAAAACGAAAACAACAUCCUGAAGGCAGAGAAGAUGCGUGCUCAGUUAGCUUCACUUCCUCCACUGAACGUGUCAAAGCUGAGCUGGCGAGAGGGUUGUAGACCGGAGGUCCUAUCCAGCGCUCUCUAUCGCAAAACAGACCAACUCCUGGAAACACUGCUGCAAAUGAGUGCUAAUGUCAAAGUCGUAGACAUCACUGGAAAGUCUCCAGUGACUCCCAGUGCCCAGCUCCUGGAGCAGACAGCAAGGCUACAGUCUCUCAGUGAGACUCUCGACAGGCUAAAGGAUGAAGUGGCAGAGCAUGUGGUGUCUCAGAGACCUGGCGCUCAGGUUUCGUCCGACUUCGCUACUUUCCCCUGCACCUCCUUCGUAAAGGCUAAGGAGGAAAAGAUGAGAGAUGAAGUGUUGGUUGGUCGUGUGAUGGUGCCUUGUGCUCGAGGGAAGGAGCAGGUUCACCGGCUUAUGCUGUCACAGCACCAGCUGCAAAGAGUGCAUCGCCUGCUUCAGACUUAAACACAACCUUCAGCAAGAACGAGCCUUGCCACCGCUUCCUGAGAAACCUGCUCCUUUUUCACUAGAUUCAUCUCAAAUUUACCAUCAGAAGGACGCGUAGUAUACCUCGUUUACCUGGACGAUUCACGGUUUGCAGGGACGGGUUGGAUGUUACUUUUCCUUGGACAUCUUCACAGCCUCAGAAGCACAUGCUCCUACUGAGGCAGAAAGCAGCAACUGAGAAAAAUAACUAUUUAUUUAGUUUAUGUCCAGCGAAAUAAGUAGUAGUUAGAAAAUUUGAUAAAGGCUGUUUGAAGGUCCUUUUUAAACUGGUAAAUUAAAUGGCAUAAUAAAAAGGGGAAAUCAUUUUGAUAGAUGCUGCCUUUUGCCUUAGCAGGACAACACAGUUUACUAGUUGAGUUGUUUUUUUUUAUCAGUGGCUGCAGGCAAAACGUUAAACGCUUCCUUGAAACUGACACCAGUGCACCAUCUAUUCACCCCUGAUUCAACACUCCUGAUUCGACACUUAAGAUACUUUCUAACGCACUCUUUAGCUGAUUUCAGUGAGCUAGAAGGAGAAAAACACAACUUUCUGCAUAGCUGACUGCUGUGAUCAUAAGAUAUUUUUAAAUGGUUUAAAACUCUGACAGUGCAAAUCUUCAAGGACAAAUACAAGCAGUCAUCAUGGUGCGCUAUAAAAUUAUAGUGUUCCGAAUUAUUAAUCUGGCCCGUUAUAUAGAUCUACUACUACUAUAACAGGGACCAGAACAUGGAACCUUCAGGUUUAGGGCAUAUUUGCUACGAUAAUGUUCCGUUUGUCCCUUUUUAAUCAUCCACAAUCAUCCAUUGGCAUUAGACAAGGCAAAAAGCAGAAAAUACUGUAAAAGCAUACCUUAGCAUGUAUUCAUUUCUGCUUUUAAAAUAUGUAAACUAAUUUUACAGUCACAAACACUGUUUCAAAUAUUUCACGUAUCUCUAUCGCUUACUGACGGGUUUAAACAGGAUGAGAGAUUUAGAAAACGCAAGACUGAGACUAGGAUUUAAUAUUUAAACCAAAGCUGUUUAAAUGUGCUACACUGUGCUGUGCUGUGUGAGCAUUUUUGUGUUUAACAAGGAGUUUGGAGAAGAGAGUUUACAUCCCAGAUAUUCACUUAGAAAGAUGACAUGGUCAGUGAUGAUUUCGGGUGAAGGAGCUGCGGCUGGAAGAACAAACUGCACAGUAUUUGCUCAAAAGUCAAUAUUUCAAGUGGUCUUAAGUAAUCAAUGUUGUCUUAAGUUAUUAACCUAUUUAUUGUGUAAAAUGCUUAAUGUUGCUUACGUUGACGUCAUUGUGAAGAAUGUGUUUGACAGCUGAAUA